AUGGGAUCAUCCGAUUUGGAGUAUAUUGACUCCAAGCAAGAUAUUCACAGCAUAGAUGAACAUGCUGAUGUGUUUGAACAGAAAAAGAAAAAAAAAAGAAAACAUAAACACCACAAACAUAAAAAAGAUAAGAUUGUAGACAAGGAAAAAAUAGACGUAAAAGUUGAUCGACAAGACAGAAAAAAACAUAAGAAACACAAAAAGCUUCAAAAAGAUAAAGAAGUAGAAAAUAAUGGCAUCGCAGGAGAGAAAGUUCCUGUAAAAAAUGAUAUUAAAGAAUCAGGUAUAAAUGGUAAAGUUGUUAACUCCGUAAUGGAAAUUCCGUCUACCGAAAGUGAAGGUGAAAAUCUAGUUGAUUUAGAUUCAGAUGAAGUAGACUGCACCAUUAUCGAAGAUGAUGUCGAUCUAGAGGAGCUAAUGAAACAAAAAGAACGACUUCAAGCAUGUUUAGUGCAAUAUCUUUCGGAUGAAUCAGAAAAAGAUGAUAAAAGGUUUAAUCGUGAAGAAAUAACAAAGAAAACCCCUGACGUUAUCCUUGUAGAGGAUGACAGUGGUGAUGAUAUUAUUGCUAAACAAAAACGCCACCGAAGUAGAUCUGGGAGUAGAGAACGUAAGAAAAAUAUUAAAUCAACAGACCGAAUUGUAACAGAUAUAACUCGUGUUAAAAAAUCUAAGCAGGAUGUAGGUGAAAAACGAAAAGAAGGAGAUAGAAGGCGUGAUGAGACAACUAAACAUAAUGACGAAUCAAAGAAAUCUGAUAAAUUGCGAAAAGUAAUAGAAAAAAAAGAGGUAACUCGAAAAGACGAUCUAAGGAAACGUAUAGAUGAAGAUCGUCGUAAAGAGGUCGGGAAACGAGAUGAAUUACGAAAACGUGAUCACGAUAUUAAAGAAGAUGAACGGAAACGUGAAGAUUAUCGUUCGUCUAAAUCACGAAAUGAUUCUAAUAAUCGAGAUAUGAAAGGAAAUUCUAAAAAUUUAAAGCCAGCAGAAAAUCGAAAUUGUCAUUCAGGUAGAGAUAGAGAUGCACGGAGUCGAGAGCCAGUAGUAAGUAAAGAUGGUCAUAGUAGUCGAGACAAAGGAGACAACUGGGAUAAACAUAAUAAUAGAGAUCGUUAUACGUCUAAUCGAGAUACAGCAAGUAAUCGAGACUCGCGGAAUCAUGAUAAAACUUGCGAACGAUCUAGAAGAUCACGAAGUCCCGCGCGAUAUAGGAAUGAUAGAGACCGAAAUGAUAGGUAUCGGCGAUCAAGAUCAUUGUCUCGAAAUCGUAGAGAUCGAGACAGACAUGGACGAAAUGACAGAGAUCGAGAAAAAAAUGGUAAGCGUGAACGAGGUGAUAAAUACAAAGAUUCGCUUUCUGAAGGCUUGAAAGUUGAGAGAUCUGAUAGCUCUAGUGAAGAUGAUCUUAAGGAUAUUGAUAUUGAAGAGGAGGAAGAUGAAGAAACUAUUAUUGAAAGGCGGAGAAAACAAAGAGAAGAAUUACUUAAACGAUUAGGUGGGCCAACUGAGGAUUCAAAUAUGUCUACAGAUGUUAUUGUAAAUGAUAACCCCGUUAGUACCGAACAAUUGAGUUCGUCUUCAAAGAAUGUAGAAGCAGUAAAUAACAGCGAUUCGAAUUCGGAAAGUCAUACUCCGCCGUUACCGGAUCAAAACAAGUUACAACUGUUGGCUAAGAAAAGAAAAUCAAGAUUUGAUGAACCACCAACAAAGAAAAAAUCGGAAAAUCAAGAAGAAGUUAAGACAAAUGAAAAAAAUGAUGAUAAGAUUAAUGUUAAAAAAGCUAGUGAAUGGGAUAUGUUUGCUGAUGUUGACAAUGUAGGAGAUUUUAAUAGUCCAACUGUUGAAGGCAAUCGAGUGGGUGGUCAUGAAAAUCCAAGCUUAACUGAUAACUGGGAUGAUGCUGAAGGAUAUUACCGUGUGCGCAUUGGUGAGACUCUUGAUAGCCGAUACACCGUCUAUGGAUAUACUGGUCAAGGAGUUUUCAGUAACGUCGUUAGAGCUAGGGAUACCACACGAGGAGGUAUGGAUGUUGCUGUCAAAAUUAUAAGAAACAAUGAAAUAAUGCAUAGGACAGGUCUUAAGGAACUUGAAAUUCUCCGGAAGCUGAAUGAUGAGGAUUCAGAAGACCGUUUUCACUGUUUGAGAUUAUAUCGACACUUCUUUCAUAAAAAUCACUUGUGCAUGGUUUUCGAGCCUCUUUCAAUGAAUUUAAGAGAGGUUUUGAAAAAAUAUGGCAAAGAUGUAGGUCUCCAUGUUAAAGCAGUGCGUUCGUACUCACGACAAUUGUUUCUUGCCUUAAAACUAUUAAGUAAAUCAAAUAUUUUACAUGGUGAUAUAAAACCAGACAAUAUUCUAGUCAGUGAAAAUAAAAUUGUAUUAAAAUUAUGUGAUUUUGGAUCGGCAUGUUAUGCACAUGAAAACGAAAAUACACCAUAUCUUGUUUCAAGAUUUUAUCGUGCCCCGGAAAUAAUUCUUGGAAUAAAAUAUGAUUGUGCUAUUGACAUGUGGUCAGUUGGAUGUACGAUAUAUGAAUUGUAUACUGGCAAAAUUAUGUUUUCUGGCAAAACAAAUAAUCAAAUGUUAAAAUUUUUCAUGGAUCUCAAGGGCAAAAUGCCUAACAAAUUAAUAAGAAAAGGGGCAUUCAAAGACCAACACUUUGAUGCUAAUUGCAAUUUUCUAUAUCAUGAAGUUGACAAAGUUACUGAAAGGGAAAAAGUUGUCGUUAUGUCAACCAUUCCUCCAACGCGGGAUCUUGGGGCAGAGCUUGGUGGAACUUCGUUAUCUGCUGAGCAAAAAAGUAGGGUCAGCCCGGUCAAUCAACUAAAGGACCUUCUAGAGCGCAUAAUAACAUUGGAUCACACCAAAAGAAUGAAAGUGAAGGAUGCACUGUCUCAUCCGUUUAUACAAGAAAAAAAUUAG